AUGUCCUUCUCCUCCGAAAGGUACGCGUCAGGUAGAGUGCCUUUACUGGACUCAACAAACUUCUACCCCGAUAUCUUCUCAGAACCAGCAAUUGCGUCUUCUUCCUCUACUUCUUCAUAUUCACAUUUACACUCACAUUCAUACUCAUCAUCUUUUGCUAAUGCAUCCUCCAACCCCUCCUACACAAGUAACACCACAACCACAAAAACACCUUCAAAAAACAUCAAUAAUGGAAAACCAUCCUCAAACACCCAGACUCCACUCUCCAACAACAACAACAGCAGCAGCAGCAACAGCAGCAAAAGAGUCACACAUAGCCAAAUCUACGAUAUCUUCAACACCCCCUUGAAAUCAGUACACUUGGACCCAACAAUCAUCUCCAACUUUGAUCAAAACUGCUUAAUCAGAAACACAUACCUAUCGCCUGCACUAUCUUCACCCCAACGACAAAUAACAGACUCUGCGGAAAACACACUGAACUUUCCACUACAACUACAACUACAACCGCAAUCUCAAACACAAACACAGAUAGAGGUACAACCACAAACAAGUUUAGCGCCAACCUCACCAACAAAGAAUAAAAAACCCAAGAGUGACACUACCACCACCACCACCACCACUACUCAUACCCCAUUCAGUCUCUACUCUGAGGAAAAACCACCCUACUCCUACGCUACACUCAUUGGUAUCUCCAUACUAUCCCAUCCAGAAAAGAAACUAACAUUGGCAAAUAUUUACUCAUGGAUAUCAGACACUUUUAGAUUCUACAAAAAGGAAGAGGUGGGCUGGCAAAACUCAAUAAGACACAACCUAUCCCUCAACAAGGCAUUUGUUAAAGGAGAAAAGUCCAAAGACGGCAAGGGCCAUUUCUGGUGUAUCAAACCAGGAUACGAAGAACAAUUCCUUAAAAGCAGAAGCGUUAAAAAAUCAUCGUACCAUGAAGUGAUGGACCAGAUCAGCUACGCAACAAAGAUAAAUGCUGCUAUAGCAGCUAAAAAGGCUGCCGAGGCAAAAGCAAAAGCAAAAGCUGAAGCUGAAGCUGAGGCGGAAGCUAAAUCAAAAGCAGAAGCUGAAGCUGAAGCGGAAGCGGAAGCUAAAGCCGAGACUAAAGCUGAAAUGGAGUCAAAGUCAAAUACUGAAACAGAAGAGACAAAUGCAGGUGCAAAUGCAGGUGCAAAUGCCAAGAAUGCAACACUAAACAAUGCUAAUACUGUUACUCCAUAUAUAGAUGGAAAGAAACGUAAAGUGAGGCAGAAGGAACCAAGAAUACCAAUCACGCUUUUAUCAUCACCUACAUACGGUGACAAUCAAAGUGUUGAUAAAGAUGAUGCGAAUGACAAUAAACAAGAUGAUCAUAAUCAAGGAGGAAGAAAAGAGGAACAAGAGGAAGAGGAAGAAGAGGAGGGAAAUCUUACAGUGCUUGAUCCACCAAUAAAGAAAUUCAAAUCUCAACAAAACACAAAGGAUGACGAUAUCGAUUCUGCAUGGCAAAUAUUAUCACAAACCGACCUGCCGAUUAAACUACCACCUAUAACGCUGCUACCUGAAGUGUCUUCGACACCGCAACUAGAUAGUAAUCCUCGAUUUAUCAUUAAUGACUCAGAACUAAUGAUGCAGAAUUCACCAGAAAAACCAAUGUUGGCAGAAAAAAAUCUCACAUAUACUUCAUCUUUUAGUUGUAAUUCCAAUUUUGAACUAUCGCCAUUGAGAACAAGUGAAACCGGGCCAUUAUUGGAACCACUCACACCUGCAAACCAUUCAAGGUCGGCCUCAGCGGCUGGAAGCACUAUAUACAACCUGCAUUAUCAUCAGCAACUGCAACUGCAACAUCAACAACAACAACUGAUACAUCAUAGUCUUCAACAACAUCAACAACAACAACAACUGAUACAUCAACAACUGCAACUGCAACAUUAUCAUCAACAUCAACAUCCUCAAGUCUUAUUGCACCAUAAAUCGUGGACACCAAAAUCAGUGAAGAAAAACCAUGCGCAAACACCAUUGAGAAAUAGUAUAAGAGCAACGGCUGUGGCUACACCACAAACUAAUUCAACAAUGAAGAAGUUUUGGAAUAGUCCUUCGUACCUUGAUGACCUCUACUUUAGUCCAUCACUCAAUAUACAAUUGCAAUAUUCGCACCAAACAAUGCUACAUCCAUUAAGCAACAGCCUAGGAAGUAGCAUCAACACUAGUGCAAAUGCAGGAGCGCAACCAUAUCAACCAAACAACCAUCAUAAUAGCUAUCUACAACAUUCGCGAACAUCGUCAAGCACUGGUGCUUCGUCACACUCAAAGUUGAGUAAUAUAACAGGAACAAACUUGGCCUCCUACGAUGAUGAUGAAUUGGUUAUGCGCAAUUUAAAUCAUCCACAAUUAUCGAUUCAUCUGUCGCCAAUCUUGAAGCGUGCGUUUUUAAGUGUUGAUGAUGAGGGUGAUAAUAAAGAUGCCGAAGAUGUUGAAAAUGGGAACGUAGUAGGGUCGCGCAAUAAGAAUUUAAUUCAGGAUUUAAGGAAUUUGCAGUAA